UCGGUGGAUAAAAAGUUCUUCAAAAAGUGCGCUGUGCCUCGCUAACUUUUUCAACCAGGAGUGAGGCGACUUUUGAGUCAGUGAUUGUGGCAGAGUGUUGAGGUCGUGAAUUGAAAAAGAAGAAGCGUCCAAAAACGAGUGUGUGCGGCCUUGACGAACGAAGAGACCUCACCGCAGGAACCAUGACUGAGUUCCAGGAGAAGCUACGGCAGCAGCACGAGGAGUCCAUGUGCCGCGAGCUGGACGAGCUCGCCGCUACCGCGGGCGACGCCCACGCACAGAGUUGCAAGAAAGACUUUGAGGGAUUCAAGAGGCUCUUCCACAGGUUCCUGCAGGUCAAGGGUCCUGCAGUGGACUGGGCCAAAAUCAGCCGACCGCCUGAGGAAGCCGUGGUGGCGUACGAGGAAAUGGUGGCGGCCGACGUGCCGGCGGACGUGGCGGCGUGCCUCAACAAGCUGGCGGUGGUCAAGCUCAACGGCGGCCUGGGCACCAGCAUGGGCUGCAAAGGCCCCAAGAGUCUCAUCAGCGUGCGCAACGAAAACACCUUCCUCGACCUCACCGUCAAGCAGAUCGAGCAUUUGAACAAGACCUACGAUGCCGACGUCCCUCUCGUGCUGAUGAACUCCUUCAACACGGACCAAGAAACCAGGAAGAUUCUUCAGAAGUACAAACAUCACCGACUCAGGAUACACACCUUCAACCAGAGCAGGUCCAGACGUGCGCACGCAACGUACAAGUGAAACUCCUCUACAACAAAAUCAUG